UUUAUUUCUUCACUCACUUUUGAUCGAGGCUGUUGUUCCUUGUGUUCUUGUUGUUGUUGUCGACGACUGUACUUGCUAGCUAGAUUGAUUGACAAUGGUUGACUCUGUGCUUUCCCCCAAUCGUUCGGUUCCAAACCAAGUUCUGGGAGAGAAGAUUUCCUCCCCCAAUGGCUUCGGCAAUGGUAAAGGGGCUGAGCUUCCCAUGAAAAGCAACGAGAACAUCGUCGCUGAUGUUCCGCCAGGAGAAGACAAGGAAAAUGGUGCUGUAAUGCAAGUCAAUACCACGGAAGAAGUAGCAAUGGAUAGCGAAGAUCCCAAUCCUUCUCCCAAGCGAGACGCGGAUGCGCUGUCGGGAGAAGAGGAAGAAUCUCCCCGCCUCGACAAGCGGCCUCGCAAAAGCUUUGACGACACGGCAACUGUCAAUACGCAAACCGAAACAGUCACCUCUCAAUCAACCUCUUCCACCAAAAGUUCGGUGGAAGUCGUCCUUGCCGACCUUGCCAAAGCCAAAGAGUUGCUAGAAGAGUCCAAGAGCACAUUGACGUUGCUUCGGGAGCAUCAGCAGAAACUCGCCACCAACGGAUGUGGCAUGAAGGAACGAAUCGCAGCGUUUGACCAAGAACUUUCCAAUUUGAAAGAAACUCACGUCGCCAAUGGAAAGGAAUUGGACAAGGUCCUCGCCAUUCGAGACUCUGCCAAGGAACUCUUUGUCAAGGCAGCUGGAAUGUUGAAACAGAUUGGUGACAAUCGUCGAAACUCAACCACAGACAAAGACAAACCAAAAGAGUCUGUGGAAUCACCAGUGAUUGCCGACAACGUUAAGGAAGAAGACGAACUAACCGUCGCAGAAGUCACACCCGUGGAAACGGACAAGGAAAAGCAGGAAGAAACAACAAUCGAAGCGGAAGUUUCCGAGGAGGCCACGGUAGAAGCGAUUGACGAACAGGAACUUGAUGAGCUCACUACAGUACUAGUACCCACUACGGCAUGCGAGGACCUACCAGAGGAAGAAAAGUCAUUCAAAGAAGAUGACAAAGCUGAAAAGGAUGAAAUGGAAGUGCCAUCCGAGGAACCCCCUCAGAAAGAAGAAGAAGAAGAAACCAUCGAAAUGACGGGGAUUUCUGUCGAAAAAGUCACAGAGGCAGAGGGCGAAGAGGAAACGAAGGAACCUCUUGUUGGCACUGAUACCGAUGCAAUCAAAGGCCUCGACCAAGAGGAAGCACCAUCGUUCGACGAAGGAGCUAACAAGUGCGGCACGGACGGAACCGAAGACGACCAAAAGAUGGAGACAUGCCCUUCCAAUGACACAUCAUGCAAAUCCUCCAAUACUGCGAGCAUUGAUGACACUCUUGCACUUGAGCUUCAGAAUGGUGCAAGCAGUGAUUCCGAGGAUGACUCGCUCAUUUCCAUGUAGAUCCUGCCGCAAUAAGCAUGUUUUUAGUAUAUGACAAGUGAUUCAGGACAGAACUGCAAGCAUUCCAGCGCCAAGUUAGAAUCACCAAGACUCUACUUGUACUACCGAUAAUGGACGGCGUGGACGGGACUUUUACGAAAAGUAGCAUAGAAAACUAUAACACAACAUAAAGCUAGAUCGAAGGUGUGUGUUGGACACCCCAGCUUC